CUCGCCGCAGGGGGGCGCUCAGGUAACCGGCCAAGAUGGCGGCGGCCGAGGCCGAGCGGCCGUGCCUGACGGACCUGCCGGGAGAGCUGCUGGAGCUCAUCCUGUGCUGCGACGUGUUGGGCGCCGCCGACAUCGGGCGGGUGGCGUGCACCUGCCGCCGGCUGAGGGAAACCUGCCAGCCCCGCGGCAAGGUGUGGCGGGAGCGAUUCCGCCUCAGGUGGCCAUCACUACUGAAGUACUACAGCCACACAGACAGUGUCAGCUGGCUUGAAGAAUACAAAGCACGGCACAAUGCUGGCCUAGAAGCCCAGAGAAUUGUAGCUUCCUUCUCCAAAAGGUUCUUCUCAGAGCAUGUUCCCUGUGAUGGAUUCAGUGACAUUGAGACUCUUGGGUGCCCGAGUCACUUCUUUGAGGAUGAGCUGAUGUGUAUCCUUAACAUGGAAGGCAGGAAAGGUCUCACCUGGAAGUACUAUGCAAAGAAAAUUCUAUACUUCCUACGGCAGCAAAACAUAUUGAAGAAUCUGAAGGAGUACCUGCAGCGCCCUGCUGAGCAGCAGUCGUUCCUGGAGGGUGCUGUUUUGAUUGACCAGUACUGCAAUCCACUGUCAGACAUCUGCUUGAAGGGCGUCCAGGCGCAGGUGGACGAGAUCACAGACAAAGUGCGCAAAGCGCUCCGGGCAAAAAACCCAAGGCACCCCAGCGUGGCUUCCAAGGCAGGAGAGAUCCUAAUUCCAGAAGUGGAGCUUCAGCGGCAGGUACUUGAUGCUAUGAACUGUGUCCUAUACGAGCAGUUAAAAUACAAAGGAAAUGAACUGGAUUACUAUAACUCCCUGAAUUCAUACAUUCAUCAGGUUUUGAUCCGCAGAACAGGAAUUCCUAUCAGUUUGUCUGUGCUGUAUUUAACAAUUGCCAGGCAGCUGGGAGUCAAACUUGAGCCAGUCAACUUCCCUAGUCACUUUCUGCUGCGAUGGUGUCAAGGAAAAGAAGGAAGCACAGAUAUCUUUGACUACACCUACAUUGAUGCCUUUGGGAAGGGGAAGCAGCUGACGGUGAAGGAGUGCGAGUACCUCAUAGGGCACCACGUGACAGAGGAGUUCUAUGGGGUGGUGACUUCAAAGGAGGUCCUGCAGCGUAUGGUGGGAAAUCUCCUCAACCUGGGCAAGCGAGAAAGCACUGAUCAGUCUUAUCAACUCUUGAGAGACUCGUUGGAUCUGUACCUGGCCAUGUAUCCGGACAAUGUGCAGCAUCUAAUGCUCCAGGCUAGGUUAUACUUCCACCUGGGAAUCUGGCCAGAAAAGGUUCUGGACAUCCUGCAGCACAUCCAGGCUCUGGACCCAUCGCAGCACGGGGCUGUGGGGUACCUGGUGCAGCACACCCUGGAGCACAUCGAGCGUCGGAAGGAGGAGGUGGGACCUGAGGUGAAGCACCGUUCGGAUGAGAAGCACAAAGAGGUCUGCUUCUCAAUUGGGCUGAUUAUGAAACACAAGAGGUAUGGCUACAACUGUGUGAUUUAUGGCUGGGACCCUGCCUGCAUGAUGGGACACGAAUGGAUCCGGAAUAUGAAUGUGCACAGCCUCCCCCACGGCCCCCACCAGCCCUUCUACAACGUGCUGGUGGAAGAUGGCUCUUGCAGAUACGCUGCUCAAGAGAACCUGGAGCACAACUCGGAGCCUCGGGAGAUUCCUCACCCCGACAUCGGCCGCUAUUUCUCAGAGUUCUCUGGCACUCACUACCUGGCCAACGCCGAGCUGGAGCUGCGCUACCCAGAGGACCUGGAGCUGACGUGCAGCACGGUGCAGAAGAUCUACAGCAAGGAGUGAACGCCAGCAGCGACCCGAGGACGGAAGCAGACCGGAGUGCAGCUUUACCCUCUUUGCAAGACUUGCCCAGGGGGCGAGUUUGGUGACAAUCCUUCGGCUUGAUGCACUGAAAACUGCAUUAAACCUCGUAAGCGGUGCUAUAGAAUCUUUCUGUUGCCUCCUGCCCGUUCUGGCCCGCAGGGACGCUGUGGUGAGGAGCCCAGGCUGAGGGUCUCGCAGGGCUGGUGGUGCUGAGCAGCGUGCUGUCCUUUGGAAGAUCUGCCCAUGAGCUGGUGCUGUGCUUGUCCUGCCUUGAAGGCCGGCACCGUGAGAUCCCUGGCGUGGAAGAACCCCGUCUUCCAGAGAAGUUGCUUGUCCUUACAGUGUUGUGGGGUUUUGUUUUGGUUGGUUUUGUUUUGUUUUUUUUCUUAAUCUGUGUCUCAUGCAGGUGGUAGUUUUUAAAGCCUGUAACGUUCCACUCUGUCUUCUCCAGUCUGAAUUCGUGGUCAGCUUCUGCUUCACCUCCACGUUCUGGUUGUUCACAGGUCCGUUCCCAUACUGCCCAUCCUCACAGGCCUGGGGCAGCAGCAAGGCUUCCAGGGGCGCAGCGCCGUUGGCUGCCGCAAGCUCUCCUACUGCAGCAGAGGAGCUGCUGCUCCCUCUCCCUGUCCUCACCCUGCCUCUGAGCACUGUGCCACUGAGCGCCCUCAGCCUGCCUCCCAUCCCACAUUGCUGUGAGCUCACAGCCAUCACCGCUGCUGCCCUGUGCUCCUGUCGGUGCCGUGCAGCACAGCGGGGUGAGGACUGGGACGUGGCCAACCUCAGACCCAGCCAGCCAGGCCCUGCAGCAGAGAUGCUGAUUCCUGCAGCUUGAGGCCCUUUGCCUGCUGUCAGAAGUGCUGGAUGUGGGUGGGGGCACUUACCCUCUGGGCGCUGGGUGUUUAGCAGCUCCAUGCACGUGAGUUUCAGCACAACCUGAAGGCCCGAACAGCAUCUCUGCAGAAGGGGUUUUCCUCUGCAUUCAGGUAUUAACAGCAUGCAGAACAGCAAAGUGUUCUCGUGCAUGCAGAGCUGCACGGCUUGGUGUUGGUGAAGCAGAGCCUGCGGGCUGCAGCCAGCGCUGCUCUCCGUGUUUGCUUUAAUCCAAGCUUUAGAGCAGAGCAAGAGGUGCUGCCUGCAGGUGGACGCUCUUAAAGCACUUGGGGAAUGGCCACAGGAAAUCUCACACCCCUCCUCCUCUUGCCCGAGCGCUUGACCUGCUGCAUGCCCUCCUGCUCACGUGUGACAAACAAACACCGAACGUCCUUUUCCCCUCGGUGCUCCGCAGCGCUGAGUGCUGGAGGCGGUGCCGAGGCCGAAGUAAAAGUGUCUUUCAACGUG